AUGAAAGAGGAGCCCAGUUCCUCUGCCCUGGGACCUGUGUACUGGGGCUUUGACCUGCCCUUCCUCAACCCUUUAGUGGCUGAAUUGGAACAAGACAACUCUGUGGAAGUGAAACCCCAAAUCCUGACCUUCACCAUCAGUGGGAAGGGGCAGGAACUGCCGGUGACAGUCGUGCGCCCAAGUGCUCGCAGCAAGAGGGAAAUAGCCGUGCUGCGCUUCAAAAGGCUCCAGCUGGAGGAUACAGAGAUGCUCCCCCUGGUCAUCCGUAACAACGGCAUCAAACCUGUCAAGUUUAUGUUACACCUGGAGGAUGAGCAUGGAGUGUUCUUGUUGAAAGGCAGGGCCUCCACAUUCAAGACAUUCCAAACUGGAAAUGUGGAAGGGGACUCCGUCAGAAACGAGAGCAAGCCCGCAAAGCAGCCUUUCUUUCUUCUGCGUCAUGGGCAAUCGGCAGAGUUUGAUGUCAUUUUCAAACCCACCCUGGCUCAACGUCUGGAAGGGAAGAUUUGUCUGUUAGUGGGGGACUCCCGCCUGACCCUAACCGAGCUGGUGGGUGAAGGCCACAUGGAUGAAUUCACCCUUGAUGGGUUAAAGGAAGACCCCCAGGAGAGGAAUGCCAAGAGCAGUCUAAAGAAAGACAUCAUUGAUGCUGUCAGAGCAAAUCACAUCCAGUUUGGGCACUGUCCUGUCGGGAAGCGCUGCCGCAGGACCUUCACCAUCACCAACCACACCCGUACGCAGUUCAUGCGCUUUGUGUGGGACGCAGAUGCCAUAUUCCAGUUCUCCCCCAAGGUGGGACACCUCCAUCCUGGCUGUGCCAAGGGCAUCACAGUGACCUUGAAAGCAGAUGUCCCAGGCACCUUCAGGAGGCGCCUUGUGAAAUGUAAGGUGACCAAGAUCAACUUCAAGCGGCCACGAAGGAAGGUUCCAGACUGGGAUGACCAAAUGUGCAUUGUGACGUGGAAGGAUAUCCCCAGGAAAGACCUGGCAGCCAGAUGGUUUAAAAAAGAGAGGGUGGUCGAGACAGUCCCGGAACCAGCUCACACUGUGCUGGAGAAGAGCAGCCAGGAGGCUGAGGUGUACCUCAGUGCCAUUGUUUUCUACACCCAGUUCAAACUGAGCACAACCGUGGUUCAGUUCAAGGAUACCUCCCCCUUGCAGACAAGGAUAGCCACUUUCAGGCUAUCCAACACAGGGAAGGUAGCCCUGGAAUACUCCUGGGAGGAAGCUGAAGACAGUGAAGCAGUGAAGAAGCAAUACUCAUCUGCUCUGAUGCGUCAUUUCCUCUCCUCUGAAACUUUAAAGCGUUGCAGAAAGAUGCUGCAUCGUUUUGGGUGGCAGCCGGAUCGUCCUUUUGAAACUCAAUCUUCUGGGCUGCAGCUGCUGCAUCAGCUGGCCAAGCGGCUGCAGCAGCAGCAGGAUUCUGAGCAGCAGCAGCAGCAGCAGCCCGAGCAGCAGGACCAUCCCAAGCUGUGCCGCUCAAGGCGUGUUGGUUCCGCCCUGGAAAUCCUGCCAGAUCCCUUCCAUGACCUGCCACUGUUCUCCAUCAAGCCCUGCCACGGCAUCAUCGCCCCUGGCCAGAAGCAGGCCUUUCAAGUGCGGUUCUCCCCAAAGUGUGAGGGGACGUUUGAGACCACCCUGCAGUGCAGGAUUCCUAACAUGAAGCCAAAUCAGAAGAUGAAGCAGGUGAUUGUGAAAGGCAGAGCCCGGGAGCAGAAGAUUCUUGAUAAAGCAGAGAGAGAAAGGCCAGGGAGCCAAGGAUCAGGGGCUCUGGAAACCAGCACCUAAGGGGCAGCAUUUGCGUCAGCUGGAGUCUCCUGAAGGAACCAGCAACAUCGUGCCUUCUGCUGCUCAUGGUCUCCCACCCUUCACCAGAGACCUCUGCAGCUACUCUUCUGAGCUCCAGUGAACACCUCAAUCUUACCUUUAAUUACCUAGGUUAUUGACUGGUUAUUAUAUUGAUAAUUAAUUCAUGAUUGUCAAUAAAUUGUUAA